ACGUCGAAUUCGUUGAGACGGUCCUAUCUUAUCUAUUAAAUACAUCUGUGAACCAUUCUUCUCUCAUUGAACAGAUAUCACGAUAACGCGUUAAAGCAUACUCCCGUUGUUUAAAUAAAUUGCUUUCACAUAUCGUCUUAUCUCUACGUUUGUGUUUUUCAUUCGUGUGGUUUCACCAACAGAAAUCGAGGGGGACUAUUUCGCGUUGGCGUAGAGCGUAGAAAGGCAUCGCAGUGCGCAGACGAACUGACGCACGGCGAUUGUUGUGACAGAAGUGGAGAAGAGUAUCGUAUCGUCGUAUUUCCAGUUCGAAAUAUCAGCAGAAAACCGUGUGAAUCGAUUGGAAAGACAGGCUAUCGGGAAGCGGAGGAGAAGAACGAGUUCAUGAAAUUGCACGGCUCGUGCAAUUGAACGAGAACAAUGAAGUUUCAUUACAAGGAGAAACACUCCUUUGAAAAAAGGAAGGUCGAGGGUGAAAAGAUUCGACGAAAAUAUCCCGAUAGGGUCCCUGUAAUUGUUGAGAAAGCUCCGAAAGCUAAAAUUAGUGAUUUGGACAAACAAAAGUAUCUAGUACCAUCUGAUUUGUCUGUGGGACAGUUUUACUUUUUAAUCCGUAAACGAAUUAAUCUUCGUCCAGAAGAUGCUCUCUUCUUCUUUGUGAACAACAUCAUUCCUCCGACAAGUGCUAAUAUGGGAUCUCUCUAUGCGGAGCAUCAUGAAGAAGAUUUCUUCCUGUACAUAGCAUACAGUGAUGAAAAUGUGUAUGGACACUAAAUUACAAAA